AUGGACAAACACUCUUACCCUCAACAUUCUGGGAAUGGGCACCAUCAACAACAAGGUCAAGCACCUGGCAUGUAUCAAGCUUCAGAUGGGAAAUGGUAUCCUGUGACUCAAAUGCCUCAAGGAUCAGGAUACGGUCAACAGCCAUACGGCCACCAACAACCCAUGCAUCCUCAUUCACAACCCGUUUACGUCCAACAACAGAAACCUAAUGGAGGAAGUGGUGGUAUGGGAUGUGUAGCUGGUUUACUCGCUGGUGCAUGUUGUGGAUUAUGUCUUUGUUAA